UAUUGGAAGAAGGAUCCUCCUCCUCUCUAAGUCCUCCAACUGCUAUCUCUACCACAAAGGACUUAGCCAAAUCUUGGCUAUUUCGUGGUCAUCUCCAAGUUCUCUUUGAGGUUCCAGCCUACUCCUAGUUCUAAUUUAGGAGUGCUAUUUUGUUGUAUUUCCGCCAUUUAUAAACCGGUGUUGUUAUAAACCGGUGGAUGUUAUAAUUGGUUUCAGAGCUAGUUUCAUCUUCUGAGCAUACUCAACACCUAAAAUGGGUGUUGGGGAAGCUCCGAGAGCACAAGUAUUUUGCACGGCUUUGGAAAUGCCAUUUCUAUAAGCGCGAGCUCGAGUACCUUGGUCACAUUGUUGGCAACAAUGGACUCAAGGUUGAUCCCAAGAAGGUGACUGCGGUCCAGGAGUGGCCUGUUCCUCAAGACGUGGGACAGGUCCGGUCAUUCCUUGGACUUGCGAAUUAUUUCCGUCGCUUCUUGGAAAACUACUCCACUAUCGUCGCGCCACUCACAGCACUAACUCGCAAAGGUUGGGCAUGGGAGUGGACCUCCGAGUGCCAACAGGCCUUUGAGGAGGUUAAACGACGAUUGACGAGCGCUCCUGUACUGGUCCUGCCAGACCCAGGAUCCUCCUCCUCUCUAAGUCCUCCAACUGCUAUCUCUACCACAAAGGACUUAGCCAAAUCUUGGCUAUUUCGUGGUCAUCUCCAAGUUCUCUUUGAGGUUCCAGCCUACUCCUAGUUCUAAUUUAGGAGUGCUAUUUUGUUGUAUUUCCGCCAUUUAUAAACCG